AUCGUUUUGAAUUGCUCAUGGAGAGAGUCAAGAUGACAAAAGAUCAGUUGCUGUUUUUAUCCGCGGGUGGUCUGUUUCGCUCGCAACAGAUUCAGAGCCAUCCCGAGCGAAGAGAGAUCUCGUUUCAUAAUGGAAAACAGAAGAGGUAAAGAGAACUUCUUGUUAGAAAUUGAAAAUCUGGAGCUUAAAGCAGCUAUAGAAGGAAAGGAGAGCAUUAUUCGCCAACUACAAGACGAAGUAAAAAUUGUGCGGGAAUCAAAAGAGACACGAAUGGUGACCACUGAGCGAGUUUACCGUGAAAAUGAGGUUCAAGAACUUCACAGCGCGGUACAGAGUAAGGAAAUCGCUGUUAAACAACUUCGGGAAGAAUUGACGGACGCUCAUCAUAACAUCGAACAGGUGUAUCAACAAUACGCACGCGCGAGAGGGGAACUAGAAGCGAAGGACGCCACGAUCAGCAGGUUGCAUCAAGAAAAUGACAGAUUGCAAGAAACACUGGAGACAACCCAAAAUGAACGUCUGCAAACGCUGGAUAAACUCAGCGGAGUGCAAGCGGAACUCUCCGCGCUGCGAGUGGAUAAAAAUUGGUUAGAAAGUCAGUUAAAGUUUCAGCAACAAACUUCAUCGUCGAAAACUUCACGAAGUUCUGUUGGCGGAACGACAACUUUCAAGGGUAGGGAAGAAUUAGUCUUUACAAUGGAGAGUGUUUCGAAAGACCGACAGACUUUACAAGAGUUAAUCAAUACGGCUUCGCAUUAUGAGGAAAUUAUACGUAGCCUGGAUAGUGGCAGACGAACUGAGGGAGUUAGCCCACGUGAAUCGUAUCGAUUUUCUUCCUCCGCUUCUUUAAGCCCACGACGAGGCGAAGGUUCGAACAUUGACGAGAAUUAUGUGAUGGAGCUCGGCAGCAAAAUGUCUGAAGUUGAAGAACGGUUACAAAAAGCUGUCGUAUCGCAAAAGUACCAGCUGCAGGCUGACAGGGAACAAUUAAUUCAAGAAUUUAAGAAUAUGCAAACCCAGCUUUUGCAACAUCAAAGACACCAUGAAAUGCAAAAGAGUGAAAUUUCAUCGAAGGAGACGCUUGUACAGAGGCUUAAAGCUGCAAAAGCCACUUUAGAGACCGAGGUGGAAACACUCAAAAGCGAUCUGGCAGCUUGCCGAGCAGAGAGCGACAAGUAUUUACAAGAACAGAGAAAAUUUCGGCAAGAUUUGACAUCUUCGAGAAGUAAAAUCUCCAAACUUGAAGCAGAGUUGGAGAACGAGAGACGGGAAAGAGAGAUGGAAAAGCAAAGAUCUCAAGAAUUGAGCUCACACAGUCAUACAGAGAGAGAAGAGUUAUCCAAACUAAAAGUUCAGUUUCGAGAGCAGUACCUGCUGAACGAGAACCACAUGAGAGAGAUCGCUGCCAAAGAUAAUCUGGUCCGGCAGCUGCGAGAGAAACUGGAAGCUAGCGCGGUUGAGUUCGAUAAGUUGAAGUCAACGCGCACUGCUACACAAGUUUCACAAACGGAAGUUGGACGAGACAGGGAAAUUUUGCAAGAGAAACUUCUCGCCACGGAACGAAGGUUUGCCGAGUUGGAAAUUUCCUACGAAGAUUGCCGACAAAAGAACGAGAGAUUACAUCGUGAAAUGCAGGAAUACAAACAGAAGCAUUUCAGAGUCGAUAUUGUGGAUGAUUCACUUGAACAAAAGAAAUUGGACCUUGAAAAUGAACUUGUAAUUGCGCGCAAGAAGUUGUCGAAGCUCGAAAAUGCAUAUGAAAGUUGUCAAAAGGAGAAGCUACAGCUUCAGCAAGAGUUAAUACCGGCAAAUACUAAAAUGACACAGCUGAAAAACUCCUUUGAGAACUGUCAACAACAGAAGGCCCAAUUACAACAGGAAGUCCUUUCCUCGCAUAAGCGGCUUGGCGAGUUUGAAGCUAAAACGGAGCGAUAUAAACAGGAGAAGGUGGAAAUUCAGCGCGAUGUGAAAGCUUUAGAAAACCGAUUCAACAAAGUUGAGCAGCAACUUCAACGGACUCAGAGCGAAAAGCAAAGCCUGGUGGAGAAAUUAGAAGAAGCCAAUAGACGGCUGGUGAAUGUUUCGGAUGAUGGUAAGAAAAGGGUUAACCAGUGGUACGACCAGCAGAAGAAGUUUGAUGAUCUUAGUACAGAAGUGCAGAAGAAAGACAAGACAAUGCACCAGCUUAGAGACGAAAAGGAACUACUGGAAGCUGAAAUUCAGAGAUUCAAGCAAGAUUUUGAGACGUUGAAUAAGGAGCUCGCAGCCUGUCAGCGGGAAAAAGGGAACUUGCAGAAUGAUUUGGCGAUAGAAAGACAGCGAAACGCCGAGUUCGAGAAAGAUUGCGAACGUCUUAAACAAGAACGAGAGAAGCUUCAACACGAGUUGAAUUCUAUGAAAGAAAACAACGCACAGUGGAAAGAUAUGUGUGAAAAGAUUCAAAACGACAAGGAAAGAUUACAAGAGGAAGUGUUGGCGGCUCAAAGGAACAUUUCGAGGUACGAGUCGAGCCGUGAUAGCGAGAAACGAACCUCACAACAGGACACCAUGGUAUUGAAGACCAAGAUAAGCGGACUUGAAAGUGAAAUUCAGGAGCUGAGAAGGAAUGAAGAAAGCUUUAAAACUAAGACAAUGGAGCUUCAGAGGUGUAAAGUAGAAUUUAGCAAAUUAGAGAGAGAGCUUGAAGACGGCGCGAGGAAGUUCGAGCGCGUCACCAGAGAGAGUGAAACGAAGGAGAGUCUUGUGCAGCAGUUGAAAAGGGAGAACACUGCGCUUAAAAAAGAGCUGGACUCAGUGCUUGAAGAAUCUGGUGAUCAUUCCACAAGUUAUGUUCCCGACACAAAAAGUUUUGAAGUUGAGUUGGAAUUACUUCAAAAUCAACUCGCGGACACAAAUGCGCAUGCGAGAGAGCUCGAGGAGGACUGUGAUUCGUGGAGACAAAAAAACCUGCAGCUCCAAAAAGAGAUAGUUUCCCUCGAUGCGAAGAACUCCGAGUUGGAAAGAGCAUGCGGAAGAUUACAAGAACAAGAAAGAAGACUACAUCAUGAGCUUGAAGGUUGUAGAGGUACUAUUAACAAGCUUGAAAAAGAGAUAGUGUUUCAUCAGGAAAAUAAGAGCAAAAUAGAGAGCGCUUUUGAGAAUUCAGAACUGAGAAAAGACGAGUUGUCAAGAGAAAUAAUCGAGGCACGAAAGAAGCUCUCGGAGCUUGAAAAGCUCUACGAUGCUUCAAAGAAUGAGGGUGAAUCAACCAGAGAAAAGGAUCGGGCAAAGAUUGCAAAGCUUGAGACCCAAGUAGAAAAUAUGUCAAAGCAAAAACAGCAAAUGCAGCAAUUACUAGAGGAGACCAGAGAUGCAGCUCGAAGAUACCAAGAUGAACUGCACAAGGCACAGACUAGACUGCAAGAGUUGAAGAGGGACUCUGAAGUAUACCACAAGGAUAUUCACUCUAAGGAAACACAAAACAAAAAGAUUCGAGUGGAAAAAGAAACUAUUGAGAGGGAACUUGAGAGCGUCCAGGUUCAACUGGUCAACACUACCUCUAGUGUGGAGGCGUUUGAUAUGGAGAGAUACGAAAUAAUGCAAGAGAUGCGCUUGGCCAAAGACAAGGUCCAGGAGUGGGAAAAUGCAUACAAGAUGCUGCAACAAGAACACGAGAGUCUAGAGAAGGAACUAAGGAAUGCUCAGAAGAUGGUGAAUGAGGUGGAAAACGAGUUCAAUAAAAGCCAAAAAGAUCGACAAAAUGAAAUCCGUACCAAUCAUUUGAAGGUCAGCAAGUUUGAGUCACAAGUGCAGGUGGUUCUGAAACAACGAGACUCUCUGAAGGAACAGCUCGAGGAAGUUCGCGACGAGUUGAAGAAAACCAAAGACGAUUACACACAUCUGCAGAAAGAAUUCAUCCAGCAUCAGCAGAGAUGUGAUGCGUAUCGAAAGGAGCUCUUAGCAAAGAGUCAUCAGAUUGAUAAGGUAGAAGGCGAGAAAAACUAUUUGAUGAAGAAGAUGGAACAGAUGAAACUUGAACUGGGACAUAACGAAGUGACAGGCCAGGCUGUGAAGCAAAAGAGAAACAUAUUAGAAGACGAUCUGCAGUCAGCUUGAGAUAGGAUAACAGAGCUUGAAAAUAAUUUGGGCUCACUUCGAUCAGAGAAUGAUGAGAUUCAGAAAGACCUUUACCGUGUGACCAACAAGCUGACGACUGUAGAGGACUCUUACGCCAGGGCUCAAGAAAAAGUGAAGGAUCUUGAGAUACAGUUGGAUGCUGCUCGUAAGGUCAUUAGCGAUCUAGAAGAAGAGCUAUCUAUUAUCAAGCACAAAGCUUCCCAGCUUGAAGCAGAUCACGGGUACAAAUUUGGCCAAAUCGACGAUCUGGAGGAAAAACUAGAUGCAGCUCACAGGAGUUUGUCUGAGAUCGAGUCAGCGUAUGAAUUCAGCGAGCGUGAGAAAGAAGAUCUUAAACAACAACUUACACACGCAGAGAGGAAAGUAUCAGAGAUGAGGCAGACAAUUCAGAGAAAUGAAGAAGAAAAUGAUGAUUUGGAAAGACAACUGGAUAGCACUCGACAUCGAACAACGAAGCUCGAAGGUCAACUAAAUCAGGCCCAGAGGCAGAAGACGCAGUACAAAGAACAGUUAGAGGACGUUAGGGCAAAGCUGUUGAAAUGCAAGGAUGAACUAGGAACGAUACAAAGUCACCUUUACGACUGUCAACGAAGUUUAGAUGCAUUACGGAAAGAUGCUUCCGGAAAGGACAACACCAUAACAGAAUUACGAGGAAAGUGCUUUUCGCUUGAGAUGACGCUUGGACAGACGAGUGAGACGCUAGAAAAAUAUCAAACAGAGAACGAUUUACUUCUACAAAACAAGCAAGAUCUCCAAGUAGAACUUCUGCAAAACCAAGAAAAGUUCCAAGAACUUGAAUGCAUGUACAAGCUGUGUGAACACGAAAAGCAAAGACUAGAGGAAGAAAUUCACUCGUUUUACAAAAGACUCGCUGAACUUCAAGGAUCCUAUCAAACGUGUGAACACGACAAAAUGGACUCACAACGUCAAGUCAUGGUUCUGGAGCAGAAAGUGAACAAGCUAGAGGCUGCUUUAGAACAGACUCAAAGGGAGAAAGCUUCCCUAGAAUAUCACUCCGGAGAUUUAAAUGUGUCAAACAAGAAGGCCGUCGAAGAAUUGUCUGUUGUCAAAGUCCGAUUGGAGGAAAAUCAGAAAUCAGUUAGCGAGUAUUCAAACCAAUUGUUCGAGAAGGAAAGAGUUGUCGAGGAUUGCAAAGUGAAGAUAACUACACUAAUAUCUGAAAAUGAAUACUUAAACUUGGAAUUGACAAAGAAGAAGGAGCAAGUAUGGCAGCUAGAAAAUGAUCGACGAAAGCUACAAGAGAAGUGGAGAGAAACCAGUGAUGAAGUUAUCAGGAUGAAGCCAUUGUGGGAGACUGCACAGCGUAAAAAAGAUCAACUUGAAUCAGAACUGCAAGCAAACCGAAAGAAGGUUGCAAUGUUGGAAUCUGACUUAAAGAAAAACGAGGAGAGGGGGAAUCAGACUGAAAAAGAACUGACUAUAUGCAAGAGUAAAUUAUCAGACCUCGAAACAGAGUUAAACUCUAUGCGAAAAAAGGUUUCCGCGAUGGAGUCGCAUUACGAAGAGGCAAGAAAAGAACUGGAAGAGGUGCGAGAAGAGCUAAGAGCGGCGCAAGAGAAGAACACGAGUUAUUCUAUUCAGCUUGAUACAGUUCAAGGCGAGGAGUUAGAUCUCCGGCAACAAGUUGCGGCUCUGGAGAAGAAUAUAGAAGAACACGACGAAGAAAUCUCAAGUCUUCGUCAGAAGAAGGAGGCUUCAGAAGAGGAGGUUUUUGCACUACGGAACAGAGUGACACAACUGGAAUCAACGAUUCGUGCACUGGAGUCACAGAAGCAGAACUUGAAAGAGCAACUCACCGAUUCGAGGGACAAAACCGUGGAACUUAAAGAAGAAAAUGUUAAGGUUGCAAGCCAGUUGAGAGAGCAACAAGGCUUGGCGCUGUCCUUGAAAAAGGCUCUUGCAAAGAAAGAGAAAACUAUCGAGGAAUUGAACGGAAGAAUCUCUGGACUUGUAACAGAGCUGGAAACACUCCGUCAAGAAGGAAUGACGAUAAAAGUAUCCUGCGAGACUCUUCAAGGGGCACAAGAGGACCUUAGUGUAAAACUGAUGGAAUACGAAAGCAAAGAUGAAAAGACUCAGAGCGAAAUGAAAGAGCUUCGUGAUUUACGGGAAGAGCUAGAGCGGGAAUUGAACGUUGCUGUACAAAAGAGCUUAGAACAGUAAAGCCAGUUGAAGAGUUUGCUGCGUGAGAAUGAGAGAAUGAAAUCGAAUCUUGACGAAACUGUCAGGAAGCUUGCCAAACAGUCUGAAGAUGGUUCUAGAGCGCAGAAGGAUGUACAAGAAUGUCAGAUAGUCAUCGAACUAUUAACAGCUGAAAACAAAGCCAUGGACUCUCAAAUCGAGGAGCUAAGAGCUGUGAAAGUGGCUUUGGAAAGCGAAUUGGCAAACAUUCGCUUGGAAUGUGAAGAAGAUAAAUCAAAGAACGAAACCAACGAGAAGAACAUCAGAGAGGCUGAUGAUGAACUCAAGCAGUGCAAAAAUGAAAUUUCACGACUAGAGGACUGGAUAUCUGACUUAGAGAAGGAGAGGAAUACCUUACAAAAAGACUUGCAGAUCUCUAAUUCUAGAUGUCUGGACUUCGAAGGUUUGAUUGUGAAGUCUUCUCAGGUCGAAAGCGACCUGAGACACGAAUUACAAAGCUACAAUAAUAAGAUAAUUGCUUUGGAAUCGGAAUGCAAGAUGUCAAAGAAUCAAAGAAAUGAAAAUAAUCGUGAGAACGAAUUGCUGGGAAAAAAGUAUCGAGAUCUUGAUGAAGUCUUCAAGAAAAGCGAUCGAGAAAGAAAAGAAGUGAGACAAGAGUUGAUUAAAACACAAAGCAAAUUGCAAGACCUGGAAUACAAGUACGAGUAUGAGUGCAGUGAACGAGGCUCACUGGUAAAGCAGCUGGAAGAUACAAAUGGUCAUCUAUCUGCAGCUCUCGACAAAACUCUCAAUCUGGAGCAGAAAGUCGCAGAACAGACAAUUCUUUUAGAUGUGGCCAACAAGGAAGUCGAUGAGAAGGACGAGGUUAUUCGUCAGCUGAAGGGCAGCAAGACGUUUUUGGAAGGGCAGAGAGAUAGCUUAAAGCAAACUGUGGCGUCUGGAAAGGAAGAAUCUGAACGUCUACAACAAGAGAUUACUCGUUUCCAACGCGAAAGCCUUCAGCUACAUAAGAGGACCGCUGAACUGGAAUCAAAUCUUUCAAAAGUAGUCGCAGAAAAAGAACGAGCUCGAGACGAAGCAAAUAGAUUCAAAGACGAUUUAUUUUCUCUUAAGAGUCAACUGGAUGAGUCACAAGGGGAGAAAGAAGAUCUUGAGCACCAACUCGAGGAGUACAAACAAAGCGCUUUUAACUACAAGAAUGACGUGUUGACAUUACAGAGGCAAGUUACGGAGCUAACUGGUCAGCGUGACGUGCUUAAGGAGACAUUGGACGCAAAGGAAGGAUCCAUGGGGCAGUUACGAGAGUCUAAGAGAAUGUAUGAAGAAGAAAUUGAACGAUCGCAGAAUGUUCUAAGGGAAAAGGAAAAGGAGAACGAUUUGUUGACGACGAAGAAGAAGGAGUUGGAAUCUAGUCUGAGCUCUGUGGUGCAACAGUUAGCAGAAGCAGAAAGCACAAUGAAGGUAAACCAAGAAACUAUCCAAAGAUUAGAAGAAAAAGUGGAUUCUCUGAGAGGUAAACUGGAAGAUGGGGAAAGAAAGAUGACAGAACUGAAAGAGAAGGAAAAUGAAGUUCAGCGAAAUAAUAUUGUUUUGAAGUCACAGAUAUCAAGUUUAGAAUCUAGUUACCAGGCCUGUCAAGAGGAUCGUAGCGACCUGGAGGGAGAAAUCCAGUCUCUUCGGGAUGAACUGGAGACAACACGAAAAUCACAUGACGAAGAUCAUGAAGAACUCGACAAAUUACGAUCCGAAGCUCAGACGAGUAGAAAUAAAGUGUUUACUUUGGAAACACAAAUACAACGAAUUGAAAGAAUCAAUGACAGUCUGGAACAGCAGGUUGAUACGUUCGCACCAGUGGGUAGUGACACUAACAGUGAGCUGAUACGUCUCCAAAGAAGAGUCCAAGAACAAAACAUUCUUCUCGAGUCUCGCAAAAGAGACUGUGCAAGCAAGGAGAAAACUAUCGAAAUGUUCAAGGCGGAAAACACGACCCUGAAAGUGGAUGUCAAGAGUCUACAAGAGGAAAAUACCGGUAUCAGGACAAGUAUGGAAAUGCUUCAACAUAGAAAGGAUGCUGCGGAUAAGGAACUAUUCGAUGCUUUGAAGAAAGGUUCAGAGUACGAGCUUCGCCUUGACACAGCACAGGAAGAGAAUGAUGAGUUGAACAGAGAGCUGGUGGAAAGGCAAGAGAAAGUCUCCAGUGUGCAGGAAGAAUUGUACCGAGCUCUUAAAGAUCUGGCGAACGUAAGACAUGAACUGGAAGAUGCGCAAACUCGAGCCACGAAAAGUAAGGAUGUAGUCGGUGAUUUGCAGCAGCGCCUUGAAGAGAAAGAAGCAGGUUUUGAGACGUACAAAAGCACUUCCGAGGAGAAGGAUAACAAGAUUGAUUCGUUAAAAUUGGAGGUCAACACACUAGAACAAGAGCUAAAAUCCUUGACAGAGGAAUUGUCUAACGAGAAAGGAAAACACCAGCAUACUCAAGAGAAAAUAGCUAAAUUGCAGACCGAGUUAGAAGCUCAAGAAGCAACUGCGGCCAACUUGGAGGACACUGCUGCGCGUCUUCGAAAGGAAAAAGAUGACUUGAGGAAGGAGACUUUAUCGAAUCAAGCUCUUGUUGCUGAUCUUACGGAGCGACACCAAGCCUUACAGAGAGAACAUGAGGGCCAAGAACACGAUAUUAUGUCACUGCAGCAAAAGCUGACUUAUAUAGAAGUAAGAUACAAGAGCAUAUCUGAAGAUAAAGACAAACUCAAGGAAGAGUACUAUGCGCUCAAACGAGAUACAUCUGAGAUGAAAAUUGCACUGGAUGGUGCUCAGCGAGAAAAAGGCAAACUUGAAGGCGAAUUGACAGUUGUUAAGCAACAGAGCAUAGACCUGCAGAGUAGAGUAACUGUAAUUCUUCAAGAAAAAGACAAAUCAUCCGAAGAAGUCUCAUCAAUGAACACUUCUCUGACGACAUUACAAGCCGACUACAACACGAUUUUAUCUCAAAAAGAAGAAAAAGACAAGGAAAUAAUUGAGCUCCGUGAGAAAUUAUCUAAGAAUGUGCUUGAGCACGGUGACUGGGAAAAAACAAAGGCUGCUUUACAAGGAGAAGUCCACUCACUACAGAGAAAGGUAGACGAACUGGAACACACCGUAGCAUAUUUAGAACAAAAGGACAAACAGCUUCAAGAAGAGUUCAUUGAUUCUCACAAAAAGAUAACAGCAUUCGAUCAAGAACUGAUUGUGGCUAAGAACAAAAUUAAAAGAAUGGAGGCCUUUGAGGGUGUGGAGAAGGAGAAGAUGAAAGUCCUCAGCGAUGAUCUUUUCAAUGCGGAGCAGAAAGUUGCACAACUUGAAACUGCUUUGACAUCAAGUCGAGAGAAAGAGUCACAGCAACAGAACGACCUCAUGACUGCUUACAAGAAAGUAACUGACUUUGAGGUCGCUUACCAGACAAGUCAGUCAGCGAAGAACCAACUCCAGCAGGAUAUCACCAUGUACAAGAAUAAAUUAACAACAAGUGAUCGUAAAUUACAGAGCGAGAUCAAGAACAGAACACAACUUGAAAGCCAACUUCAAGAAGCAAAACUCAGGAUUGAAAAUCUUAAGACGGAGGCGAACAGACAUCAAAGAAAACUAACCCAACAGCAACAGGAAUAUGAAAUCACACAGAACGAUACUGAAAGUAAAACCAAGAUUAUUGAAAAUCUUCAAUCGUCCAAGAAGAGCCUCGAAAAUGAAAUCCACGAUCUUCGACGAGAUCUUACAAGUUUAAAACUGACCUCGGAAAAACUCAGCCACGAAAACAAAGAGUUACAGAAUCAAUUGGAAGUCAGUCAAGAGCGCCUGGUAGAUGUGGAGUCUGCCGCUGAGUCGAGCACCAUCGAGAACGACAGACUCAAAACGGAGAUACUGUACUUGGAAACGUCUUAUCAGGAAACCCAGCUGAUAUGCCAGAUGCUACAGAAAGAAAAAGAAGGUCUAAAUUCUCAACUCCUCGAGGCUGCUGCCCCAGAUUUGGUGGAUUUUGGAUCUACAGACGACUCUUUGAAGAAAGAGAAGGAGGAUCUAGAAAGCCAGCUCUCUAAAGUUAAAAAAGAAUUGCACUCAUUGAAAACUGCUCAUGACGACAUACUGACAACGAAAACUAAGGCGGUGGAACAACUGAAUGAAGUGAGGAAAGAACUUACUGAUUUACAAUCGAGUUAUCAAACGGUUCGGUUGGAUAAUAACAGAAACGUUCUAGAGCUUGAAAAUGCCAAAAAGCGACUAAGCGAUUUGGAGGCGUCUUAUUAAGAAGUAAAACGAGCUAAGGAGACAUUGCAAGAGAACUCUACUGACACAGAGAGGAAGCUAGUCUCGCUGGAGGCAAGUUAUGAAUUGUGUGAGAGCCAGAAAAACGACGCUACCAGAGAAUUGUCAAACAUGGAAAAGAAGCUUGCCCUGUUGGAAUGCUCGUAUAACAGGAUUCGCGAAAGGGAGACAGAGCUAGAGCAAGAAAUUCUUGACUCGCACAAGAGGGUUACAGAAUUAGAUUAUGAACUGCAAACGAAGAAGGAGCUUCUGGGAGAGGCGCAAAACGUUGUGCGAGACAUAGAAGAAAGGAAUGAUGUCCUGCAAGUAGAAGUCCUUGACUCUCAAGGGAAGAUCAAUGAGUUGGAAGCGACUUGUGAAAUGUGGAAAGAAAAGGCAAAUAGCUGGGAAGAAGAGGCCAAAAAGGCAGAACGUAGAAGUAAGAAUGCAGAAGAAGUUUACAAAUUCGGGCAACUUGAGAAGACGGAACAAGAGAAGGAGCUCACCACUUUGAAAGACACCAUCUCAACUUUGGAGCGAGAAGUUAAGGAAAGCAACAGAGAGAAAGAGGAAUUACUAUCACAACUGGAUGAUUUAAGGAACACUAGUUUCAAUGAGCGAGACGACGUGAACAACCUAAAGACAGAAAUAAAUGAGUUACAAAGGAAAAUCUCGGACAGUAGCCGAGAGUUUGACGAACAAUCGAUUGCUUUAGCGGAAUCUAAGAGGCAACAAGUACUCCUUGAAGACGAACUUGACAGGCUUAAGAGAGAUUUAUUGAACAAAGAAAGAUCUAACGAGGAUUAUGCAAGAGAAAACAACAGGAUGGAACAUGAGCUGGAGGUGCUCAAGGAUGAACUAGGAGAAAAGGACAGGCGAUUGAAAUCUUGUGAAGAAGAAAAGGAAAACGUCCGUAAUGAGAUGAUUACAGCGCACAAUUUGGUAUGUACACUGCAAGAUGACGAUCGAGCGAGUGAAGUGCAAACGCUCGUGCUACAGCAAGAACUGGAGUUUUUGAGGAAGAAAGUUGCCGAUGCGGAGCGGGAAGUACAAACUUUCAAGACAAAGAAUGACGCAUUGAGGCAAGAUAUUGUCGAUGGGAGCUUUUCGAGCAGCACAGAUCGAGAAGCCAGUCAACAAGAAAUCCAAAGACUGAGGAAUGAGCUCCAAAUCAACACUGAUAAAUACCGUGAGCUCGAAAGGUUUUGCAAAGAAAGCGAAGACGAGAAACUCAGCCUUCAAAGAGAGCUGUUGGAUACCCACAAGAAAGCAUCAGAAAUGGUGAUGGCACAUCAAUAUUGCCACCAAGAGAAAGAAGCAUUCCAGGAUGAAAUAGCCAAUCUAAAGAGAAGACUACAGGAACAAGGAGAUGCAACAGAUGGUACCAAAGACAGAUCAAUAAUUCUUCAAGAUGAACUUUUGGAUUUACACCGAAAACUCUCUACCGCGGAAAGUAUGUACGACCGUUCUCAGAACGACAACAAAAGACUUCGGUCAGAUUUGGAAGAUGCAGAGAACAAAAUUAGUACUCUUGAAAAUGAGCUCUUUCUAGUCUCGCGUCAUGAGAUUACACAACUUAGUGAUGCCACUGUCGGCAUUGAGGAGAAAACGUUUCUUGAAGAAAAGCUGCUUUCUGUCGAGACGAAGUAUACUGAGUUAGAAGUAACAUACCAGCGUAUUAUGAAAGAGAAAAAAGAAAUCUUUGAUGAACAACAAGAGAAAAGUGAGGAGUUAUUUCGAGUUCAGAGAUUACUGGAUGAAAAGACGAGAGAAUUGGAUUACUUGCAAGGGCAGCUGAAUGAUCGCAGCAAUAGUACAAUGUUAGAAACGAAUCGUUUGCGAGAUGAACUAGAGGAAGCUCUUGAGAGGCUACAUAAGAGUGAAUCUGAAUUAUCGGCUAAAACUUUCGAGUAUGACCGUGCAGUUGAUGAACAUCAACGAAUAGUGUUUGAGAAAGAAAGCCUCAUCAGCGAUGUUAAUGCUCAAAUAAGUUCUCUUGAUUUUGAAGUGUCCACCUUGAAGAGAGAGCUGGUGUACACCCGGGACGACAAGGACAGCUGGGACGAGGAAAGGAAGAAUUACAGAGAAGAAGCCGUCAAAUUGAGGAAAGAAAAAUCACGCGCCGAAGAAGAACUUCGUCUAAUUAAAGAUGAUUAUGAGAAUAUCAAGGAAAUGAUCUCCGUCAUGAAGGCAGAAAAGGGCCAUUGCGAAGAGGAGAAUGGUAGACUCAAAGAGGAAUUACGAGUGGCAAAUCUUGAGAUUGAUCGCCUGAAACGAGAGAUGUCAAUGAGUAAAUACGAGUAUGAUUCCUUCGAAAGUGAAAAGAGUAGCUUUAAGGAAGAAAUUACCACCCUCAAAGUUAGCAAAUCUGAAAUUCAAGAGGAACUUUGGCGAGUAAAACGCGAACUUGAGAAAUUAGAACGGGAGGCUGGCAUGAGAGUACGAGAUCUGGAGGCAUGGAAAAGAGAGAAAUCGACCCUACAAGACGAAAUCAAGACUUUGCAAAGUGAAAAGAUUAGUCUUACUGAGGAAAAUAGAGAACUGACACGAGAAAUAGAAAGACUGAUGGGUGAAAUAGCGUCAAAAUCUGAGGUAACAGAGGAUGUAGGAAAAGUGAGGCGGGAAAGAGAGGAGCUGUAUUACGAAUACACAUUGAUCAAAGAGAAAUACACGAAGAUUGAAGAGGAACGCAGGAUCUUUCUGAUCGAGAAACAAACCUUGGUCCAGGAGAAACAGAGUCUGGAAUUUGAUCUCAAUGACUGUAGAAACAAGUUGCAAAGGUUUGAAAAAUCUAACAGUAACUUAAAAGAGGAGAAACUUCGUUUGGAAUACGAAUUGAAAACGGCUAAGGAGCGGCUUUUGAUCGUCGAACGUGAGUUCGAUUCCAGGGCAAUGGAAAAACAGAAAAUCUCUGAGGAAGUCAGCAGCACUCGUUUUGAAAUCAGAAAAAUGGAAAUUGACUUGCAAAAGGCUCUAAGAAAACUGGACGAUGCAAAUAACGAUGUCAACGCCAAACAAGGUCGACUUGAGAGGCUGGAAGGAGAACUUGAAGAUCAGCGACGAGAGUCCAAGUUACAUGAGCUGGACCGAGAGCGCAAGGCCAAUCAGGUUAAAAACUUGCAAGACCGGAUUGACGAGCUCGAGCGCGAGAUUCAGACCCUGCAAGAUGACUUGAUUCUAAGCCACCGAGCAUACGAGCAGUGUAAGAGACAACUAGAAGACUUUGAAUUGUCCGCUGACCCAACAGAAACAUCCACACUUCGUGUCGAUGUCAUAGAAAGACCUCAGCAAACAACCACUCUGGAUAUCAAUGUGAAACCACAAGUUACGACACUAGACAUCAAUGUGGAACCACAGAGGACAUUUGAAUACAGCUUUACACCACAAACAGAUGAGUGGUACGUAACUCCGCAAACAAUAAUUGACCACAACUCUGCGCCACAGACCUCAAGGACUCAAUUUUACACCAGACCACAUAGAACUUCGGAAUACAGUUUUACCCCACAGACUACUACAAAAGAACUCGAAAUAACAACACAAACAACUACACUCGACAUCGAUGUCCAAGAGCGUCACGAAACGACUGAACUAGAAAUUGAUAUUGAACAAGAAACGAAAAACGCAUCAAGGGCAUCAUGGUCCACAGGACGUGCGUCAUCUUUUCAGGUGUUCAGGGACCAGAAGUAUGGACCCGUGGAGUUCGCUCUCGAUGAAGAGGAGGACGGGGAAUAUGAGAUUGCACAGAUCGAAAGCAGGAGGGACCCAAGAAGAAGAUGGAAUCCCCGGCAUUUGACGCUGGAAUAUUUUCGACAAAUUGACUACAUGGCGAAUUACGCACAAGAAAAAGAAAAAAUCCACGAACAGCUCGAACUAGCCAAGGAAACACUGAACAAAUUGAGGGCGCUUACUGAUCCGAAAAGCGACUCGGAGAGUUUUCAUAGUGUACCGAACGGUGGUGAAUCAUCCGCAAUGAACGAACAAAAUGGAUGGGAUGUUUGCCGAGAGCUCACCCAAGACAGCGACGAAGGAGCAAGCUCUGGAGUAGGAAUGGAAUCGCCAAAUUUGGAUCUAAGCCCACAUGAAAGUACAACUUUUGUAGACGAUGAUAAAUCACGAGUGGCGCCUGAUAGUCUGGUGAGAGUACUGGGUCUACAGGUAUCGAAAUUGGAGGACGAUUUAAAAAUAUCUCUGUUGUCCUAUUUUGAGCAAAUGGAAGCCCAGAAAGAGGAUUUAAUCUCUAGCUUUGAAAUAAUGCACGCGCAGCUUUUAAGGCAUAAUGAAUCUUGUCAGCAACACCGUGACGAAGAAGCGGAGAAGGACAAUUUGAUCGAGCGGCUGAAAGCUGCUAAACAAGCACUUGAACCGGAUGUGGAGAAAUUAAAGCGAGAAAAUAUGCUGCUGAAAACAACGGGAAAUUCGCGCCCACGUGAAAAUGGGAUCCGUGGUUAUCGAAUAAAACCUGGUUAUGUUGAACAUGACGACCUCAGCGAAACGCUCAUGAAAGAAAAUUCCCGUUUGAGGGAAAUCCUUCGUAAAUACGAAUCAAACGAUUAUGCUAGACUCGAAAGAAAAGUCGCUCUUCAGGAAAAGCUUUGCGAGUCUUAUAACAAAGACAUGAGCUCUAAAGAUAAAAAGCUUAAGCGCUUGGAAGCUGAAAACAAAGGUCUGCAAGAGGAUGUAAAGAGCUUGCAAGAGGAAGUUUUGAGGGUGAAUGCAACACGAUUGAAUUCAGAGCACGAUAAAACAAGAUUACAGCAAGAAUUACAGUUUAGCGAGGAGCAAAUAAACACUUUGAGAGAAAAACUGAGUAGCUCUGAGCAAGAGAGUAGAUAUUUACAGCAUUGUAUAAGCGACGCAAAUUCUCAAGCAAAUGUUUCUGGCGAUAACUUGUCUGAAUUGGAGAAAGACAUUUUGGUACUACGCGAGAAGUGCGAAAGUUAUAGAGAUAAGUUGAACGACAAAGAACGAUUCCUUGAAUCUGUGUGCAAAGAAAAACAAGGGCUUAUCAAAGCGAUGGAAGAGUUGAAAAGAGAACUGGCCGCUGUUCGAGGCGAGGAGCGAUCACUGAAGAUAGAAAACGAGAGAUUACAGAAGGAAAACGCCGAUAGUGAAAUUGAUCGUUUGAGUUCUGAAACUACGACUGAGGCCCAAGGAAGUACAAUUUCUAAAAUGAAGCAACAUCUACACGAAUUGCGGAGUAAGGUUGAUGAAUUGGAACAGCAAAAGAGACAACACAAUGACAGAGAAGCAGAGUUAAGUCAGGGUGUUCUCGCGAACUUAGAAAAAUACACCCAAGUUGAGCAACAGUUGUAUCUUGCUAAGAAAGAACUCGCACAAAUGCGCGGAUUUUACGAGUCCAGCGAGGAAAAGAAGAUAGAUUUACAAGCAGAGGCUCAGACUUGUAAAGAAAGAAUUUCAAUUUUAGAAAGAAAGCUACAAUCUAAGAAAAUGGGCGAAGAAGACGAGCAACGAGUUAGCGAUGUUGAAAAGAACGUGCAAGAACUGAACUCGGAAAAUCAACGAUUGAAAGAAGAUUACGAAACAAGUAAGACGGAAAUUGAGGAGUUGGAAGAAGCAUUGCAAAGCGCACGCGAGCAGAAUUCUUUGCAAAGAAUGAGAUUAGACGCUCAUGAAACUCUCAUGAAAAGGAAAGAUGAAAGAAUCAAAGAACUACAGAAUGACCUUUUAGAGCUUCACAACCAAAUGGAUACCUUAACUGAUGAAAUCCUCAAGAAGAACCGUGAGCAGGAAGGUUUACGAAUGGCGAAGAUGUUGCUGGACCAAGAAUUAGACCUACUGAGAUCUGGAAAAUUACCGGUGCGAUCACUUCAGAAAGAAAGUGCUGCUAAAGAUUCCUGGUCAUUUCACCACACAGCGGGUCCGGCAAGUCCAGAUAGCGGGUUUUCAGACAUGGAGAGAGACAAAGCCAUUGACAAAAUGAGAAGAGAAAUUCUCAUCCAAAACAAAUUUCACCCUCAACAGCCCCCUUUGUUCGAGGAAAAUGUGGCAACAAACGAGGACAGUAAAACAAAAGCGGCUCUUGCACUAGAAACUCGCAGGCUAAAAGAAACCGAGAAGCGAUUGGCGGACGUCAUUGCUGAGAACGAAGAGCUUAAAGAUCGUGAUGAAGAAGCAAGGAGCAUGCAACUUCAAAUCGACUCGGAGCUUCGUAAGAUGAUGGAAGAAAACAACGACUUGAAAGAAAAGGAGAAGUUACUCACGCAAGCAUUGAAAGAAAACCACAGCAUUAAAUCACAGAUGGAAAAUUGCGUGGAACAAAUUAAUCCACAAAUGGAGAACGAUAUUUUUCUUUUUGUCGACGAGCCGAUAGAAACAGCCAUUUUGCAACCUGUUGUAGAAGCAAGUCUAGAGAACAGCAUGGAAUGUUCGGAAUAUGUACCUGAUGGAACACUUGUGGAUUUUUCCGAUGAACAAGAUGGUCCUUCUAUGAAACCUGUUAUCGAAGGCGCUGAUGUAAUUCAAACCAAAGAAAGAGAGCUGGAACGUAAAGUUCGUGAUUAUGAAACAAGUCUGGCCAAGAUGGCUAAAGAGAACGUCCGACUGUUGUCAGAAUUAUCAAAAACUCAAGAUGACCUAAAAACUAUGGAAGAAAAUUGUAACUCAGCUCAGGAAAACAAAAACAAUCUUCAAAAAAUAAUGCAAGAAGAACUCUUUGCAAAAGAUGAAGAAGUUGCCAGGUUACAGAAAGAGCUGUCCACGUUAUGCGAGGAACGAGAGGGUCUAAAAUCCUCUGUAAAUAGCUCCAAGGAAACAGGUCUUCACGUAGAAGAAGAGUUGUUAAGAGCUCAGACUAUUAUUCUGGAUUUUGAAAGACAACAAGGGCUUUCACGUGAGAGAGAACAAUCUCUGCAAGAACUACUUCAUAAAUCAGAAGAGAGCAAUGCGAGUUUGCAGGUACAACUGAGUGACGCGCAGAAACAGUGCCGACAUUCCCAACAAGAUGCCCAAAAGUUGCAGCAACAGAUUCUUCAUUUGCAACAAGGUUCUGUAGAAUUGGAACAAGAGGUUAGUGAUUUGCGAAAAAUGCUCUCUGAGGUAACAGAGAAGAAGAGGGCUGUAUCUGAACAGCUCGAGAAAUGCUCCGAUGCUCAGGAGAAGCUGCAAAGAGCACAAGAAAUUAUACUGGAACUGGAGAGACAACAGGAAAUUUCACGCGACACAGAAGUAUCUCUUAAAGCACAUCUAAACCAGUCGGAAGAGAGCUAUGCCAAUUUGCAAGUUCAGGUGGGCGAGAAAGGAAGGGAGUACCAGAAUAUGGAACAAGAAACGGUAGUGUUACAACAAGAAAUUGCCCUUCUUCAGGAAGGUUCUGCAGAACUGGAACGGGAAGUGAGUGAAUUGCGAGAAAAGGUAGCAGAAGGAGAAGAGAAUAAACAAAAAGCUUCUGAGAGUUCGAGAGAUUUGCAAAAACAAAAUGAAAACUUGCGAGAACAACUGCUUAAGGCGAACAACAGUUUAGAAACUUCAGAACAGGAAAAUAGAGAUGCGCUUUUAGAGCUGAAAGCAGAUAUCAGAGAGAAGGAAAAUCAGAUUGAGCAACUUCAAGACGAGUUAAAUCUCUUUGAACAACAAUAUAAUGAAAUUAGGUCGUUAUCGAGCAACAAUCAAACCGAGAUUUCUGAUCUUCGUGCGGGACUUAUUGAAACCAAAGAGCAAUUUUACACGGUUUCACAAGAAAAAGGAAGACUUCUCCAUAGUGUGAAAGAUUUGGAGCACACCAUUGCAGAACAAGACCAAAUGAUCCAAGCUUUGGAGUUGGAGAGGAAAGAAAAUAAAAAGAUCAUGUAUGAGAAAGAGAACAAAGUGGAAGAUCUUGUUGAUAAGCUUGAAGAUUGUGAAAGUGAGAAUAGUAAGUUAGAGGCAGAAAACCAACGUUUGAGAGAAAAGGUAGAAGAAGCCGCAGAAACCCAACGGGAAUUAGAACGAUUACUGGCGGAGUGUAAAGAAGAAACGCGAGAAUUUGAGCAGCAACUAUCAGCAGCUCAUGAAAGCAUAACAGAUUUGGAAACAGCUUUCGAGAGAGGUGAAGACAAAAAUGCACAAAUCGGAGAAAACUUACGCGAGGCCAAAGAAAGAGUUGCAAAACUUGAAAAUCAGCUGGAUGAGUCGCUAAAAGAGCGUAGAGCGUUCGAACGAGAUUACAGUGACGCAGAGAAGGACCUCGAAAAAGCACACGCGUCUUUGGAUUCAAACAAGGAAAAGAUUGCAGGUUUGGAGAAAAAAUUGAGAACAGCAGAAGAGAGUAUUGCAGAGCUUGAACUGGCCAGGGAUAAUGGAUUAUCAAACGAACAGUACCUACAGCAAAAGUUUGCAAAUGCAAAGGAGAAAAUUGACAAAACCGAAGCAGAGAACAAUGACUUAAAGGAGAGACUCACAAAAAUGGAGAAAAAAUUCAACGAUUCACUUUCCAAACAACAAGGACUUGCAGACAAGAAAGAAGAACUGGAGAAGAUAAAUAGUGAAAUUUGUCAUGAGCUUGAGUACGAAAGAGAACGACGUUUAGCUUUGAAACAAAAACUCGAAACCCGAGAUAGAGACAAUGAAGUUAUUCAAAGAAAAGUGAUUUUGUUGGAGAAGAGUAAAGCCGAGAAUGAGGAUAUUCAGCUAAGAGACAUGGAAGAAAAAACCAAGUUGCGCGAAGAAUUAGCACGGACUAAAAAGCUCUUAUCCGAGUUAGAAGCAACUGGAGAACAUCAAGAGGAAAACAUCAACGAAAUGGAAGAUUCGUUAAGAGAAAUGCGAGGGAAAAUCGCUUCUCUUGAGCAGAAGCUGGAAGAUGCUACACGAGAUAAUGCAGACUUACAUGGUGAACUUGAAGAACUCAACCGUAAAUUGAAAUACGCGAAGGAAGAGAACGUAGAGUUGGAGAAACGGUUGCAGAAACAGAAAGAAAUCAGUGAUGAAUUUAGGAAUAAUUUAGCAGAACGUGAGGAGAGCGCUCUGAACUCAAACUACAACCGCGACGCAGCCGAACGUGCCCUGCAGUCUGUGAAGAAGGAUCUCGCGCGCAAAGACACCAAGUUGAAAAUGCAGAAAGAACACAUUGAUGACUUGGAGAAUGAGUCUGACAAAAUCGGUAAGAAACUCAGGGAAACUGAGUCGUCCUACAAGAAAGUAACUAACGAGAAUGAAAGGCUUGCAAAAGAAUUGGCCGACAUUAAAGGCAAGCUAGCAAAGCUGGAGGCAAUGUAUAAAGAGAAAGCAAACCUUCCGACGGAUUCCGAAGUUGCAGUCGUAAGAGUCUCGGAAUUGCAGUCAGAUCCCGAGAGAGCUGAUAAAUUAAUUCGAGACUGGUCUGACAAAUUAAGCACCGCUCAAAUCAAAGUAACCGACUUGGAAAACGAACUUCUAAGAGAUAUAAAGAAACACGAAAUAAGGGUCCAGAGGACAACACCAGGAGCCAGGGAUUGGAGGAGAAGAAGCGUUGAUAAUUUGUCGGAGUACAGAAGGCCGAGCAGAGCACGACAGCGACCGAACAGGAGCCGAGACAGCUCCGUCGAAUCACUUCGAUCAACUCAGUCCAUGUUCGACUUUUUCGACGAAAGUAGUGUACUAAAUGACGACAGAGCACCCAGUAAUUUAUCAAGGGAGUCAGAUAAUGAAAGUACGAUUGGUAUCCCUGUUGUGAAUGUAAUUCCCUACGACACUGUUACAGCUGAGAAGGUAAACAUAAACUCUUCCAAACAAGGAAGUGCAGAGAAAGUGGAAGAUAAGAACAGGGAAGUCUCUGGUGUUCAAAUUAAUAAACAAGCCAGGGAGGAAAUCCCCGAUACUCCAGCUACCGAGGACAUUGUAGACAAUAUAGAGCCACAUAUUGAUUUUACGUCACCAGUUGUCCUCCAAAAUUCGCCCGGAGAGCAAACCGUGACAGCUUCACCGGAGAUGACAGAAGAUCUGUUCGUUAUCAGUCAAGAUUUACCAGAUUUUCACAUCGAUUACGGCCACCCUGACGUCACUGAAUCGCCAAGUGAAAACCACACUGUACAAGACCUCGCAGACGAUCUGAUUGAUGGAAAUGACUUUUACAUUGACUACCAACAAGCCCCAGUCAAUGAGUCCCCACCAGGCAGAGCAAUUUCGACACCUACGGCCAAUGGUGUCCUUGAUUUUGGAAUAGAUGAUACUUUUACCUCGCAGAUCGACAAUGAGCAGCCACAAGAAUACCCACAACCACUUUUGAUUGAACCACCUUCAGAUGAUCUGUUUCAGUUUGAGUCCCAGACCUCCUACACCUCAACCCUGACAAAUGUAACAGACCUCACUUUACGAUCACCAACCCCCCCUGUACUUUCCGAGCAAACACUGCUGGUGUCGUUUGAUCCGUUAGAUCUCCCAGAGUCUCAGACUCAACAAAAGAACAAUCAAGAAAUCCUUGAUCCCUUCGAGGAGCUGAUGAAAAUGGGGGAAAACCAACUAAAUGUCGACGGCAAAGAAACUGACAUAAAUGACGUUAUCGACGUCACAGAUGACUUUAAAAGCGAGGAUGUGGACGUCACGAAGAGCGAUGACGUAGAUGUUGUCGAUGUUGUGGACGCCACUUACGCUAAACCAAGCAACAGCUCCUACGCCGAUCACAACACGCUGGGUGACGUCAUUAACUCGCCGAAAGAAUCCGCCCCUGGCCCUUUCAACUUCAUAGACACAAAGGUUGACUCAGGGCAUGCAAUCAACUUACCGAUUAGAAGUGGCGAUAUCAAUCACGUGACAGCCGCUGAGGGUAACCUCGCCAACUCUCUAGAAAUAACUGAACCAGAACCAGUCCCAGUCUCUCGACCAAGAAAAAUUAAAGACAAAUUGAAACCUGUACUGUUUCCACGAGGGAGCAAGAAGCAGAAAAAAGAGGCAGCAGAAACUCCUCCGUACAGUGUUAUGAUUAUGGUAGACGAUGUAAUUGUUCCAGCGGCUCCAGACAAAAAUUUAAGCUCUACUCGUGAGGAAAAGAAGAAGAAGAAGAAGAAGCAAAAGGCUGAGGCAAUCAAUAUCGAGCAGGGGGAAGAGAUUUUUAAAUCGCCAAGUGAAAUAAGGAGAGAGUUGGAAGAGGCCAGUAAAGGAGCCCAGGUAACACAAACUACAGCUAAACAAAAUGAACGAAAACAGAAGCAAAAAGUUACAGUUACUGAAAGCAAGUCUAACCAGUACUACAUUGAGGAGAAAGAGAAAGAAAAUGAAAGAGAAAAGAAUGAAGUUGAAGAUCAGGAUGAGACAAUGGGAAAAGGAAGGCUUCAGAAAUUAAUUGCAGCUUUUGAUAGGAAAUAGAAUUUAAUUUUUUUAAUAUAUCUAAAAUUUGUAACAACUUAAGAUAGAAAUUUUUGUCUAUAUGGAAUGAAAGUACAUUUGGCCAGCUUGCCCUAGUAGAAAUUUUAUAUAAUAAUUUAUGCAAUAUAAAAUCUAUCAACUGCAUCAAACAAUAAUUAGUAUUGUUCUAUUAAUUGAUAAAUUGUAAUGUUAGAAUUAUCCUUAAAUACUUAUAACCUUAACAUAAUUUAUGAAUGAAAAUUAUCUUUGCGAAAAAAAAAGGUCAUGGCAAUUUAAAAUUCUAUAAAAAAGAAAA